AUGCGGGGCAACGACCAAAAUGACACCUCCUUGAAUGGGGGCACAAAACCCGAUCCUCAGGACUCGAGGUCGGAUCAGAAACCUCAAUUUCCACACGAUAUCGACCACGUCCAGGAUUUCCAAACCACAACCGGACACAGCCUCGCCCACGCACUUGUCACACGAUGCCGCACCCUCCUCUCCGAACUUGACGCCUUCACGGCCCUGCUCGCUGAAACUCAACGUAACCCACAAGUCGUUGAAGUGCGAUCACUACGCUCGAAUGUCCUCUCUGAGUUGAAGACACUGGAGAGGCUGCAGGGGCAGCUCGAUGCGGGACGGGCUCAAUGUCAGGACGGGCUGGGAAACUCAAACUCCGAUGAACAUGCGCAGGCGGAGGACGGGGAUUCGGUCGCGGAACCUACAGACGCCGACUCAAGGGCUAUUCACGCGCUGAGGUCCUCGAAUCUACCCUUCUACGAGGCUGUCUGGACGAUUGCGAAGAGGAGUUGCACGGGGCUUGUUGCGUUUGGAAAGAGGUUCUACUGGGAUGGGGAGGGGCCAUCUGCAUCCGGGAAGGGAGGGAAGAGUAGAAAAGGGAAGGAUAAGAAUAAGAGGAGUGUGUUCGUGGAUAUCGUGGCAGAUGACGGGGAGGAGUGGGUGAAGGUUUCUACGAUUUCAGAAACGAGGCUGUUGUUCGAGAUGGCGAAGAAGGGGUGGGAGGGGGAUUCGGAUGUUGAUUCGGAUGCGGAGGAGCGGACGGUUCUGCAGAACCACGAUACUGGUGAUGAUAGUGAUGACGACGAUGAUGAGAUUGAACUGCUCAAGCUUGCGGGUGAUAUGCGGAAAGCUGCGAAUCUAGUCUGGGUGAAUUACAGGCGGCCGAAGCUGCGGUUUGUGAUCCCGAAGGUUGAAGAAGGAUCAAGUCCUGAGAUUGAUGACCUUCUAAAGGCUAUACGCAGCUAUGGCGUGGUAGUCAGCUGUGGAGAGGAUGCUUUUGCUCCGCAACUCUAUAUCAAGGCUAGCAGCAACGAUACCGCAGUACAGGACGGGGUCGGUUCUGUUAAGGAUGAAGUUCGAAAUCUCCUUCCCAACCGGUUCAAGAGGUUCACACCUACCCUCAACGUUGACUGCACCCUACUACUUGCCAUUGUUUCAGAUCUGUCGCAUUGCAAGGACAUUGCGCCCUCCUUGCAGCAUCACAAGGCUAUCAAUCGGCAGAUCGAGAUGGAACGUGAACGGCCUUUGCUAUUAGCGGAGCUAUGGCCAGCAAUGGAAUCGCACGAGCUCAUUUGCACGAGUGAGGCUGCUAGAAGAAUGCGAGAGAUUGUCGAAACAAUCGGGACCGAAACCGAGAGAAAACGAAUGACAAUCUUGAUGGGAGAUCAGCCCUUCACCUGCGCCAAGUCAGCAUCUCUCGUUGAAGAACUUCAAAAAGUGUCGGACUACCCAGUACCUUCUCAGCUGAAUCUUCCCAUCCGGAUAAUCGAUGCAAGUCCUGCUAUCGAUCUUGGGAAGUCAAAGUUGUCCCCAAUAGCUCGUAAAGUGGAGGAGAUACUGUCUGACAUAAAUACUAGUGUAUUUAUGUACGGAUGGGUCUCGGAUAUAAUGACCAUAACAAGCAACCGCACGGUAGUCAAACAGGUCGAGACCAUGAUCGAAGAGUAUAGGAAUGACGAAGAUCUGAAGGGACCGUUGAUCUGGGUGUGUGAUACGGCACGGAGUUUGAUAGGAAAGGAAAAGGGCCGAAAGAAUUAG